UAGACUUCGGAUGUUUUUGAAUGGUAUAUGCAAGAAAAAAGAAGAGUCUAAUUGUCUUCGCAAGAAAAUGACUGAAGAACGAUAUGCCGACUACAUCAUCCAAGAGACUAUCAAGAGAACACUUAUACUGCCUUGUAUGAAAGUCAAACUUGCAGUUGCAAAGAAGCAAAUACCAAAUGACGAGAUUUUGAAUGCUGAUGCCAAGGAUCAAAUAAAAGAAUUCUUUUCAAUGUACUCUACCGAGUAUAAUUUUCAAAAAGCUUCCAUAUAUUAUGACUACAAGAACAAGAAGGAAAGAAAGUUAACUAUCUGGAGCAAGGUUAUUAAUUUAGAAAAGAAGGGCAUGAAGAACCAAGGUAUAGGGAAGACUCUACAGUUUGAAGGCACCAUUGAAACAGAUGAGAUUUGCGCCUCCAUUAUUAAGCAAAACUUUGACACAUCUCGGAAAAGGCCAGGAACAGACAACAGUAGAUCACAGAAACCAAAAAAGACAACAAUCGGGGAUAACAAUAAUGUUAAACAUAUCAAAAUAUUAACUCGAACCGAACCUCUUUCAACAAACGGAAGAUGCGUUUUGAUAGACCCGAACCAUCGGGAUUUACUUUAUUGUAUGAAAGAAACAAGCUCGGCGGAAAAUAAGCAAAUAUUAAGAUUCACAAGCAUUUGUAGAUCAAAGCAUUCACGACGUUUCAGAAUACUAAGGAAGAAGGCAAAGCCUGAAGAAGUCCGUUUAGCUGAGGAGAUGCUAAGUAAAACAAGAUCAUCAGCAAUGAAUGCCAACAUAUUCCUUGAGCAUAGUAAAGCAAGCUCAGCCUUUGAGGAUGUCUUAAGCAAUUACGAUAGUCAUGAAACAAAAGGACCAAAAGGAAUAUAUUAUCCAGAUCUAAGAAAUGAUUUCGAAUUCAAGAAAUGCAACUUGUACUGGGGAAAUUUGUUUGGUGCAAGAUUUCCUGCAAUUUUCUCUAAAAGCAUUGCCAUACAAGACAACAAUACCAAGCUACAAACAUAUGCUAUCAAUAUUCAAAUCAUGUUAGAUCAACGGCACAUCGAAUGA